GUAGUGUUAAGUUAAGUUUGAUUUUGGUAGUGUUGUUGUUAAACAAAUUAAAAAAAGAGUUUAUACCUAUAGGAUGUCGAUAUUUCCUCUUCUCCUGCUCGCGACGCUGGGAGUGGGAGUGGCCGCCGCCAAACCGAACCGUUACCAGGACGACGGCGCCGUCCUGCGACCAAUAACGACGCGCACCGAGCGGCGUCGGAUAUGCGUCGAUUUGUGCAUGUCGGGGCUGGGCGGGGCGCCAUGCGGCGCCGACUGCGUGGACCUGACGCCCCAAACGAUGCCCCUGCAGUCCGGCAACAACAUCCUGAAGGAGAGCAACGGCAUCCCGACGCUUGCUAGGUCGCGCGGCGACGCCUGUCCCGUCCUGUGCAGGAACAACUUGGGCGAGCCGCUCUGCGAGUGCGGCGCCAAGACCGUCGUCGACAAAGAGGUGGACUUCUUCGAGGUUUGCGGACACUUUUGCUUGCAGUACGACUACCAGAUUCCCGGAUGCCAGAGAUGCGAUUUGUAUCGCGAUGCCAGCCAUCAGAACAGCACGAAGAUGUUAUUGGCUUCGGGACCAGUCAAAACAAUCGGAAUCAACUGGAACAAGUGGUGUCAAGUAAUGUGUACGAAUGGUGAAGGUGGUGCCGCAUGCAACUGCGAUCUACUGCCGAUGUUAGUGGCGUCUUGAUUUUGUUUUCUUAUUGUUUAGCUGCUUUGCUUAGGAGUGCCAGUUUAAAAAAUCCACACUAAUGUUCCUAUUAAUAAUUGAUUUUUAUCUGUUUGGAUGAAAGUAUGCGAAAGCGAUGGCGUGCACGAGCUUUCGUAAAAUAGCCGUACCUGCAAAGAUUCUAAAUAUUUUGUAUUAAUAAAUGUAAGGUUAAGAAAAAUAAUUAUAUAACAAAGUCAAAAGUCUUCCAAAUGAUGUACAUACAUUUUUAAUGUUUCUAUAGAUUCUUAAUUUGUUAGUAUUGUUUUAGAACUAUUCAAUAGAUCUAGAAUAAGCAUAUCAUUGUUGAAAUUUUUAAAAAUAAUGCUUUCCUGUAAAUAUAUUAAAUUUUGUACUUUAUCAACUUCUUCCUACUUAUGGUCAAUACUUUUCUUUAGUUCCAUAAUGUAAAGAUUCUUUUAAAAUUUGUAUAAACUAGAAAACAAUUGUACAAAGAAUAUACCUAGAAUAGGUCAUUGAUUUAUUAAUUUUUACUGUUGAUUUUAGCAUUCAUCACAACUGUUGUGUAAAGACAAUAACUAUUUUAGGAAAUGUAAUUUAAAAAUAAAUACUUAAUGUUUUGACGUUAAAAAUUUAGGCUUGUAUAAUAAAAAAAUAUAUUCUGG